AUGGGCUCUGUGCUGAGCAGCGACAGCGGCAAAUCUGCGCCCGCCUCAGCCAUCCCGCCGGGCCUGGAGCGCAGGGGGAACCCCGAGCUGCCAGUCACGUCCUUCGACUGCUCUGUGUGCCUGGAGGUGUUACACCAGCCUGUGCGGACCCGCUGUGGCCACGUGUUCUGCCGUUCCUGUAUUGCCACCAGUCUAAAGAACAGUAAGUGGACCUGUCCUUAUUGCAGAGCCUAUCUUUCUUCAGAAGGAGUUCCAGCAACUGAUGUAGCCAAGAGAAUGAAGUCAGAGUACCGGAACUGUACAGAGUGCAACACACUGGUUUGCCUCAGCAAAAUGAGGGCACACAUAAGGACUUGUCAGAAAUAUAUAGAUAAGUAUGGACCACUACAAGAACUUGGGGAGACAAGAUGUGUGUGUCCAUUUUGUGAGAGAGAAUUGGAUGAAGACAGCUUGCUGGAUCAUUGUAUUACUCAUCACAGAUCAGAAAGGAGACCUGUGUUCUGUCCACUUUGCCGAUUAAUACCCAAUGAGAAUGCAGGCAGCUUCAAUGGCAGUUUAAUAAGACAUUUGCAAGUCAAUCACACUUUGUUUUAUGACGAUUUCAUAGAUUUUAAUAUAAUUGAGGAAGCUCUUAUCCGAAGAGUCUUAGACCGGUCACUUCUUGAAUAUGUGAAUCACUCAAAUAGCACAUAA